GAAAUGAAGAACGUCAAGUGAAGAACAACAAACAAAGAAAGAAAGUUGAGAAUAUAAAGCGCGCGUGCUUUUUUUUUUUUGUUACCACCUAACAAUUUCCUUUCUCAGUUUCUCUCUUUUGCUUUUCAUCAAACACCUUAUCUGCAUCAUCUUCUUCAUCAAACAUUCAAACACUCAAAAACUCAAACACCUUACCUGCAUCAACAAAAAUGGAGAAUUCAACUCAAGAAUCACACAUCCGAUCCGAAAACUCCGUUACCUACGAUUCCCCUUAUCCUCUCUACGCCAUGGCUCUUUCUCCAAACACCAAUUCACACCCACAACAACGCAUCGCUGUUGGUAGUUUCAUCGAAGAAUACACCAACCGCAUCGAUAUUCUCAAUUUCAACCCUGAAAAUUUCUCAAUCAAACCUCAACCUUCACUUUCCUUCGAUCACCCUUAUCCACCUACCAAACUCAUGUUCCAUCCCGCAACAAAUUCAUCUCUCCAGAAAACCUCCUCCGACCUCCUUGCUACUUCCGGUGACUAUCUUCGUCUUUGGGAAGUUCGUGAAAAUUCGGUUGAGGCUCUUUCUCUUUUCAAUAAUAGUAAAACAAGUGAGUUUUGUGCUCCGUUAACGUCGUUCGAUUGGAAUGAAAUUGAGCCGAAACGAAUUGGUACUUCAAGCAUUGAUACUACUUGUACAAUUUGGGACAUUGAAAGAGGUGUUGUUGAAACGCAGCUUAUUGCACAUGAUAAAGAGGUUUAUGACAUUGCUUGGGGUGAAUCGAGGGUUUUUGCUUCGGUUUCUGCUGAUGGGUCUGUCAGGAUAUUUGAUUUGAGGGAUAAAGAGCAUUCAACUAUUAUCUAUGAGAGUCCUCAACCAGAUACCCCUUUGCUUCGUUUGGCUUGGAACAAGAAGGAUUUGAGGUAUAUGGCUACAAUUUUGAUGGAUAGUAAUAAAGUUGUGAUUUUGGAUAUUAGGUCACCGACUACGCCUGUGGCGGAAUUGGAGAGACAUCGUGCUGGUGUUAAUGCUAUUGCUUGGGCUCCAAGAAGUUCUAAGCAUAUUUGUUCUGCUGGGGAUGAUACACAAGCUCUUAUUUGGGAGUUGCCUACUGUGGCUGGUCCAAAUGGGAUUGAUCCAAUGACUAUGUAUUCUGCUGGUUAUGAAAUUAAUCAGCUUCAAUGGUCUGCUGCUCAGCCUGAUUGGAUUGCAAUUGCUUUUGCGAACAAGAUGCAGCUUUUGCGGGUUUGAGUUUUAGGUAAGGGAAUAACUUACUUGUAGAUUUCGAAAACCAAUUAUGCAUUGUGGUGUUGUGAGUUGUGACUCAUGAGUAGUUUAUUUGUAGUCUAACUUCAUAAUGUAAUUUAGACUAUCUCAUAUGAAAGAGUUACAUGGUACUUUUAUAGUUAAAUAGGACAAACUAUUUUACUUUCAUGUUUUACUUAUAGCAGAAAUUGUUGUUGCAUUUGCUUUUGUUGAAUUGAGGAUGGAAUUGGCCGAUUUAAUAUUGUAAUUACAGCCCAUCUAGAUAAACAAUUCUUGUUAAAUUUCAAUGUUUAUUCUUUUUCUAUUGUUGUUUGAAAA